UAGUUCUGGCAGCCGGCGCAAGAUGUCUCUGGCCAUGAGCCUGGUUGGAGACCCUGCGCUGGUCAUCCUUGAUGAGUGCACGUCUGGCGUGGACCCCAUUUCCCGAGGCCGCCUGUUCCGCGCAAUCACGCGCAUCCAGCGCUCCAGCGGCAUGGCUGUGCUGUUCACGUCCCACUGCAUGCGCGAGUGCGACCAGCUCUGCACUCGCGUCGGCAUUCUGUCGGGUGGCGACUUCACGCGCGUCGGCGACACGGUGGCCCUGAAGCAGUCGGCCACCCAGGGCUGCACCAUCGUGGUCAAGCUGACCGUGGCGCAGAGCAUGCAAGACGGCUCCAUCAAGGAGAUCAACCGGGGCAUCAAGCGCGAAUUCCCCCAGUCGGUCAUCGCCGAGAAGCGGGAGGAUCAGAUGCGCUACCGCCUGAAACCGAACGCCGACUACCCCCUCAUCUGGAGCGAGGUGAUCUUCAAACUGCACACGCUGCAGCAGGAGAUCAAGUUUGAAGACUUUCUGGUCAACGACACCUCGCUCGCAGAGGUCUUCAUCGGUUUCGCGCGCGAGCGCAAAAUGGUGGACUUUGGCGAGAACCAGGUCCGCUACUUCGAGAGGGACCAGCCUGCCACUGUGGUCAUGAUCCCGCCUAAUUAAAUGCGCACGCGUUAUAUAGUCGAGUGGU